GCUCGUUUCGCGGCCCGACAUGGAGCGGCCCAGCAGUCCGAGCCGCUCGGGCCCGGCUCCUGCACCCGCCCAAUCAGCCCGAUCCUCGCUGACCUUCUCGCAGCUCCUGCAGCUAGUGCAGCAAGGCCGAGAGCUUCCGGGCCUGGAGAGACGCCUGAUUGCGGCGACCCAAGAGGAACCCACGGCGUCCCGGCUCCCACGGAAGCCCAAGCCCUGGGAGGCUGGGGCUGAGCCCCCAGCGCCACCGCCCUAGACCCGGGUCCACAGGCGCCGCCGACCUUCGGGUAGAACAGCCCGGGACGAGCCCAGCUCCGCGGAGGCAGCGACUGUGGCUUCUUAAAUAGCACACAUUGGUCAGAACCCCCUGCUGCUGACAUCCGGAGGGCUUGUGUGUGUCCUGCCUGAACUCGUGACCCUGGACACCGGUGACCGUUAUUCAUCCUUUGUGCAUUCGUCCUGACCUAUCUCAGUAGGACCUAAUUCUCCUGGGAGCAUUAUCGGGCUAUUCUGUAUUCAUAUUUCUUGACCGUGACACUCAGCUAAAAAGAAAAAAAUCCUGUUUCAGACCGUUGUGUGUAAUUGAAAGUCUCACACAGUACUUAUUUUACUACUUGGAUGCAUCAAUGAGUUCUCAUUUUAAAAGUGCUAUAUAGGCUGCACUAAGGGUGUCUGACCGCUGGAACAAUUCCUUAGUAGUGUACGACAAUGUCUCAUCCGCCGGGUCAGCUAGUUCUGGUGGUAAUGGAAAAAUUAACCCGGGAUCCAAAUGAUCUUAAAUUAAAAUUUUAUUUGGACAUUUUUAUUUUAGAUAGAGCUGUUUUUCAGAUAGGCAGUUAAU